AUGGCAGCUCUGAGAGCUUGCUUUCAGAGAGGAGAAUGGGAUGGAGUGAAGAAAGUUUUUUUGAGAAACAUUCCCGCAAAGUGCUCUAGGGAGAUCUUGCUGAAGUUUUUUGACGCGCAAGUGGGCGAUGCGGAUAUCAAGCUUUGGCUACCACAGCAUGCCAAUGGCAAGUGCCGGGGCUACGCUCACGUGUUCUUGACGAGUCCAGAGGAUGCGACGCGCUUCGUACGAGCAAUUGAGAACCAACAAAUUCCAGGCUUCCACAAGGAGGGUUUGAAGUGCGAGCCGCUCUGGAACACUGAAGAGCACGAGGUCUACAGCCCAUUUGAAGUACAAGGCGACCACAGCAAGGUUGCGACAUUAUCCCGUCUGCUGAAGCAGUUUGGCUUGCCCGAGCGGUCUGGCUGGGACAGGACAGACUUGAGCAGAGCGGAGGUGCCCAGCGUGGAGUGCUCAUGGUUUUCUUGCAAGGCGGAUCGAGAUGUCGAGUUGGCUGGGAGCUCCUGUGACUGUGACUACCGAAUGGCGCCUACGGCAUCCGAGAUCUAUUGCGAGGCGAAGGCCCGCUUUGCGGGCCUGCAGCAGCCUCCAGAGAACUUUUGGGCCUGGGCGCAAGAGAGGGUGGACCUGAAUAUCAGCAGGGAGCGGAAGGCGAAGGAGCCACCGCUGGAGGUGGAGGAGUGGAGCAGCGGGCAGAACGUGCUGCAGACGCAGUCGUCCAGCUCGGCGUUCAGCGCGGUGGAGAACCACACCUGCUUCGAGGCACAGUGUUACUGCGGCCGGAACCGGUGCCUCCGCCCGAGCAAUUGGGCGAGCCUAGGGGAGCUUCCAGUGGGUACCACCACACUUGCCCCGGAGCCUGCGAGCAAUGCCACGGAUAUCUACAUCAUCUGGGGCCUGAAGCAAAAGAAUCGCCCUGACGACACGGGCGAGCUCGCCCUGGAGCCUAUGGACUUGGCAGACCCAGAGCUUUCCGGCAAUGGAGCCAUGGACUUCUUGGCGCUGCCGCGAGGGAAGCACGUGGAGCUCGAGCAUGAAGAGCAUGACGAGCAUGACGAGCAUGACGAGCAUGACGCGGAUGACGAGCAUGACGCGGACGCGGACGCGGAGUCGUAUGAGUUCGAGUUUCCGUGGGAGCCGUUGGACCCCAUGAGCCCAGAGGACAUCGCGGCGGCGCCGCGGAGCUGCGUGGGGCACCUGGAGCUCCACGGCUGCGGCCUGGUGCGCGGGGCGCUGGCGCCCGAGCGCUGCGCGGCGCUGCGCGGCUUCGUGGACGCCGAGCUGCAGCGGCUUCUCCAGGAGCUGGAGCGGCUGGAGCAGGACGAGGACCAGGCGCGGGACCUGGAGCGGCAGUUCUUCGGCACGGUGCGGGACCGGCAGCAUCGCUGGGACCUGAAGCUGCCACUGCGGCCUGAGGUGACGGAGGCGAUGCAGGAGGUGCUACAGAGCAUUCGAGGCGUGCUGGAUGGUACCGUGACCUCUGAGGGACUGCUGGUAGAGCUGUCGUGCUUGAUCACGGACUGUGGGGCCCCGAUGCAGAACGUGCACGUGGACACGGGGGGGUGGAAGACCGCGUGCGCGCCGCUGCUGACGAUCUUCGUGGCGCUGCAGCACAUCGACCUGGACAUGGGCCCCACGGUGCUCUUCCCCGGCACCCACGACGACCCCUACCUGCAGCAGUGGCUCACCGUGAUGCCCGGCAAGGAGCGCACACCAGAGCAGUUUGGGGGCGGGGUGGCCGCGCAGUGCUCUGCUGGCUCGGCGGUGCUCAUGAACUCGCGGCUGCUGCACUGUGGCGGGGAGAACAAGGCCGGCAGCUCAGGCCGGCGGAGGCUCUUCUACAUGACCUUUCAGAAGCCCCGUAACACCAACCAUGGCUCCACCUACACCAUCCGGGAGGAGCUCACUGGCCGUGUCCGCGUGUGCGACGCCCUGCGCGGCUGUCCGGAUCCGGCCCCGGCUCUGAGUGAGCGGGUGGCCAUGGAGGUGGAAGCCAAGAAGAAGGACGACCCGCAGGCCAUGCUGGACUUCGCCCUGCAGCUGCGUCAGGAAAAGGACCCGGGAGCCGUGGAGUGGCUACGCGCCACAGGGCGGAAGGGCCACCCCUUGGCGUGCAUGCAUCUAGCGGAGAUGUACUGCCUCGGUGAGCUUGGGCUGGAGACGAGCUAUGAGGCCGCUGAAGAGCUGCGCAAGUUUGCCCUGGGCAUCUUCCAGCAUUUGGCUGACCGCUCAGAGUCCAAGCCGAGCUUUCAGGAGUUCUUGGAGGCGCACGCGGGGGUCUUCAAGCAGGCCCAGCGCCAGCAGCUGGCCAGCUGCAUCGGCACCCCGCCGGACUUGCCGAUCAUUUCGCGGCGGUGCUUCGCAUUGGACUUCCAGACCUGGCUGGACUCCCGCGGGGAGCGCUUCCCGGUGCGGGCAAACUUCACGGAGCUAUUGGAGGGCUUCGCAGCCGAGGAGGGCGAGAAGAACCUGUGGCUUUCUGGCCUGGGCGGUGGCAUCGCCGCCACGGCCAGCCAUUUCCGGGUGCCCCGGCCCACCACCCGCGCCGAGAGGGAGGAGCUGCGGCAGCGCUGGGAGAGCUACAUGAGGCUCAGGACACAGCGGUGGCCACAGGCCUGGCUGGCCUUCGAGCCUUCAGAGGAGGUGGAAGAGUUGCAGCUGCUUGAGGCUGCGUCCAGGGAUGUUGCUUUGGUUUUUGUGCUGCUGCUGGCUCUCUGGACGUGCGUAUGCACUUGCAGCUUGUGCCUGGCAUUGGCUGCUGCCAGCGCCGCUGGGUUCGGCAUCCUCCUCCUUCUCGUGUGCAGGGCUUUGGGACCGCAGUCUGCUGUGCUUCAGCUGGUGUGUAUGUUGAUCUUCGCUGCUGCCUCCGCGGCUCCCCUCUUGCGGUUUCUCUUCUUCUACAGCGCUCGCAAUGGCCCCUCCAAGCGGGUGAAGGACGAGCGCAGUGCCAGCUUUGAGGCUGACACCCAGGAACCUACGGACUCCAUGCAGCCGCACCCGCAGGAGUCCAUCCGCAGAAGCCAGCGGCAUUUCAACAGCCUCUUCUGCUCAGAGGAUGCGGUGAAGGAAGCACAGCAGCAGGAGAAGGAGAGACGCUACGCCCAGGUGGCUGCAGAGAAGAAGGAGAUGCUCAGCCUCUUCCGGCCCUCAUCGCUGCGAUCGGAACGGCGGAACCGCAGCACGACAGCGCUGCGCCAUUCUGCAGAGAUCGGGCUGGGCUCUGCAGUGUCCCUGAUCGCUUCAUGGCUCAUCCUGUGGAUUGCAGCUCCUGAUGCUUUGGCAGAGGUCGGCCGCGUAUUUCCGGCGCUGGCCGUCAUCAUGCUGCUGACAACUCUGUGUCAGCUUCCCAUCGUCAUCCUGGCCGGCCUGGGCUCCUCCCGAGUGUGGCGACAAGCCUUGCUUGCAUACGUGGGCGCCAUGUCAGGCUGGAACCGCCGCUAUGGUGGGCCUGCCUGCAGCUGCCCUGAGCUGCGCACACCGCAGGACGAUGAGCUGGAGGUACACCGCGCGCUGAAGGUGCUGGGGUGGCCUCUUACUUCCUUGGGGAGAUAUUGGCUGAAAAAGCGCCGCUACAGCCCAGAGGCAGAAGCAGAUGGUGGCUGA